AUGCGCCCUGGCCAGUCGCCAACCGGGUCACGGAGAGAGAACUCUAGGUCCUUCCACGCCACGCGUUUCAAGAGGCUUAAAACCCGGGAGGAGGCGCAGGGUCCCAGCAUGCCCUGGCGUCUGAGGCUCAGAGGAUGCAGGCCCCUGGAAAAACUCUCCAGAACGUUGCCAAACUUUACAAGUCAAGGAGUUCGUGCGUAUCUACAAGAACCGCCGGAGUCUGCAGCGGUGCAAAGGUGCCAGGGACGCGCUCAGGGUCGCACGCUGGCUCGGGGCGCUCUCGGCUGGGCGGGGCUGGGCAGGACUGUAGGCGGAGCUAGGGCUGGGGAUGGGCGGGAGGCAGCGGAGGAGCCCGGCGGCGGCCAGAGGGGCCGGAGGGCUGCCCCUGGACGUAGCGGGCCACACUUCCUGCUGUCGUCCGCCUUCCGAGAGGAGCUGUGGGCGCUCCUGGUCCUGGCGGGCCCCGCGUUCUUGGCCCAGCUGAUGGUGUUUCUGAUCAGUUUCAUAAGCUCCGUGUUCUGUGGCCACCUGGGGAAGCUGGAAUUGGAUGCUGUCAUGCUUGCAAUGACAAUCAUCAAUGUCACCGGGGUGUCGGUGGGAUUCGGCUUAUCUUCUGCUUGCGACACCCUCAUCUCCCAGACAUAUGGGAGCCGGAACUUGAAGCACGUGGGGGUCAUCCUGCAGAGGGGCACGCUGGUCCUGCUUCUCUGCUGCUUGCCCUGCUGGGCACUAUUCCUCAACACCGAGCAGAUCCUGCUGCUCUUCAGGCAGGGCGCAGCCGUGUCCAGGCUUACCCAGACCUACGUCAUGAUCUUCAUUCCAGCUCUGCCUGCAACCUUUAUUUAUGCUUUACAAGUUAAGUAUUUGCUCAACCAGGGAGUUGUCCUGCCCCAGAUCCUAACUGGAGUUGCAGCCAACUUUGUCAAUGCCCUCACCAACUAUCUGCUUCUCCAUCAGCUGCACCUCAGGGUAAUGGGUUCAGCACUGGCAAACACAGUCUCCCAGUUCACCCUGGCUGUGCUCCUCUUCCUCUACAUCCUUGGGUGAAAACUGCAUCAAGCUACCUGGGGAGGGUGGUCCCUCGAGUGUCUGCAGGACUGGGCCUCCUUUUUCCAGCUGGCCAAACCCAGCAUGUUAAUGCUGUGCAUUGAGUGGUGGGCCUACGAAAUUGGGAGCUUCCUGAGCAGUACCCUCGGCACAGUGGAGCUGGGAGCCCAGUCCGUCGUGUAUGAACUGGCCACCAUUGUGUACAUGAUACCUACAGGCUUCAGUGUGGCUGCCAGCGUCCGGGUGGGGAAUGCACUGGGUGCCAGGAACUUUGAGCAGGCCCGGAAGUCCUCAGCCGUCGCCCUGCUGAUCACAGAAUUCUUUGCUGUAACUUUUUGUGUCCUGCUGUUAAGCUGUAAGGAUCUUGUGGGGUACAUUUUCACAGCCGACCGAGAGAUCAUUGCUCUAGUGGCUCAGGUGGUUCCGAUUUCUGCCGUUUCCCACCUCUUUGAUGGUCUUGCCUGUACAAGUGGCGGCAUUCUGAGGGGAAGUGGAAAUCAGAAGGUUGGAGCCGUCAUUAAUGCCAUCGGGUACUAUGUACUUGGUCUCCCGAUUGGGAUUUCACUGAUGUUUGCAGCCAACCUGGGAGUGAUCGGUCUGUGGUCAGGAAUCAUCAUCUGUGUGAGUGCUCAAGCUGCUUGUUUUCUAGGCUUUAUUGCUUGGCUAGAUUGGAAAAAAGCCUGCCAACAGGCUCAGGUACAUGCCAGUUUGAAACAAAAUGUGGUCCAGGAUGGGACAUCUGCUCUCUCGCAGGAACCGCUUUCCCCAGUGGGCCCUGAAAACCAUGACAGAAUUUUAAUGAGAGAUGUUGAAACAAAAGAUGAGACUCAGCUGGACCAGUGGAUGCACCCAGGACACCUUCAGGGCUGUCUGGGGGAUGUGACUGAGCUGACCCGGAGGCAGCUGAUCCUGCGGCGAGGGCUCCUGCUCCUGGGGGCCGCUUUCCUCUUGCUGGUGGGGAUUUUAGUGAGAGUGUGUGUCAGAACUCAGUGAUGUGGAAGGUGAGAGGUCAAGUGAUCUGUUUGAGCUUAGUUCCAGUGGUGAGAAUUUUUCUGUUAAAGUAAUUCAGCUGUGCCUGUGGAUUUCAAGACCUGAGAAUUCAAAUGUACAUUUUCUAAUGAAGAAAAGGACUAAGGUAAAAACUAUGUUGUAGGCCAAAACACUGUCCGAAGAUUACACUGGAGGGGUCAUUCAUCCACCAGCCUCAACCAAGGACUACUGUGCGCUACUGCAUUUGUCUAUGGCUUUGAUAUUUCUUUUGCUUACUGGUUUUAAGAUGCCAAUCCAUGUGCUGAGUGCUUAAGGAUUCUUACCACCUGGGUUAUUUAGCAUGUAUUUUACAACAUAUUUUUCCUUGUGCCUUAAGAGUAUUAUUCAGCAGGCAAACAGCAUUUGUUAAUGAUGCUGGGGUUCUUGUUCAUGGAAUUGUAGAAUGAACUUCGCAAACACUCAAAGUAGGAGAGCAAGUAAAAGCUUUUAUUUAGAGAUAAAGUAAGAGGAAAGAGCUCCUGGUUCACAUGGGGAGCGGACAAGAGAGUCCAAGGUGGUGUGCUGUCUAGAGGAUUUAUAGGCAGUUGAGAGACAAAGGGCUAGGGAUGCAGACCUGCCAAAUGGUCCCCAAAUGUUUAUCUUUUAAGAGGCACUAAGUUUC